GCCGAAGACGCCAAAGACAACUCGGGGAAACUCACCGCAGAUGCCCAAGUUCACGCCUGCUACGCGCGGGGCGUUGGAACGAUUACGCUACCGGAAUAAGGUGAUCGACGAUCUGAAGGCUCUCGAUGUUGUCGAGCUACAGAAGCAAUGCAAGACUGAAGGGAUACCCUACAAUGGAAAAAUCGAGGCGAUACUCGAUAUUGCCGAUACCAGGGUAUUGGCGAGAUUCGGGACAACGACACAAGAACCUGCCGAUGUGAUACGUGUUGAGGAAUCAGAGGAUCGAGGAGGGAGCUCAGACCAUGAUGCCGGAUCCGGCGAUGUGGUGGCUUGAGAACGUUUGGAGACGCCGAAGCUUUGGAAGCUUUGCAAGUACCUCACUGAGUUGAGAAGGGAAUCGUACGUGGUUGACCCAAGAG